AUUAACCACCAUGCCUAAAUCCACCCUCCUGUAAAAAAGCAUCCAUUAAACCCUAAUUCCAAAAACACAGACACAGAAAUAGAAAGAAAAAAAAAUCUCUCGAAAAUUCAUUUCCAAUCCACAGAACAAUGAAUUCUCCAAGGAUUCUGUUCAACAUUUCCCAGAAAAACCCUAAAUUUCUCUCCUUGUGCUCCUUAAGCUAUUCUCACAUUGACAGUCACCUCAUUACGUCACAGCACCGCUUGAUUUCCUCCACUGCGCCAGUGAGUUCAUGGAUGGACACCAUCAAAGGUGUCUUCACUGGAAAAAAGGCAGAAACUGAAGACACCCCAGAGUCAUUCACGUUACUCAGCUUUGCAGAUGGGAUGAAGAAUGCGAGGAGGGUUGGAUCGCUAAAGCAAUUCGUCGUUGGUAGAAGCAGUGAAGCGACUUUUUCUAGUGCCUUUGAAAAGCAGGAAGCAAUAAUUCGAUAUCUAGGUGCACUUGAUCCCACUGGAGAGAACCUCCAAACAAGUCAAAAACAAGAAGCAGCGAAGCACUGUAAUUGCACAAUAGCAGAUGUUGAGAGUACACUUUCUAAGUUUAUAUGGGCUAAAGAAGCACAGAAUAAGUUGCAAAAAUUAAAGGAAGAAGGGAAACCAAUGCCGAAGAACAUGACUGAGGUCCAGAAGUUGAUGGGAUCGACACCAUUGGAUCUUGCUCGGUCUAAUUUGGCUAAGAGUGGGCAGAUUAGCAAAAAUGCACCCUGUCCAUGUGGUUCCAAGAAGAAAUACAAACGGUGCUGUGGAAAGGAAUGAGGAGAUUGGAAGGUCAAAUGGAAGAGGUGCACUCAAAGCAUGUGGCCGAUACGGUCGGUCCUUGGAAGAUUGGAGAAAAGAUUUGCAGUCCCAAAUUUUGAAUCAUUUUUCACUAGCUAGAGGAGUUCGCCUAGAUUGAGCUCCAAAUUUUGUUUGCCAUUAGCAGUAUGUUCUCUGGACAGGUUGUUAAGCCGAAAUUGUCUGCUUGUAAUUGCACCUUGAACAAGUGAGAUUGCCAUUGAAUAAAUAAAGAAGAGCAACUUUUAACCA